AUGGCGAACAACGACCAUGAAAAUAGAGGCUCUGGUGGUUGGACUUAUUUUUCUUCUCUUGAACACGGUCCCCUUCGUUCACGGGCCGACUUGUUUCUAGCAUCUGUGAAUUGGAACGCGCUAUUAGAAUACGCUGCUAAGAAACGGAAUGGAGUAAGUUGCAAACUGCUUCCUGAUAUCGGCCUUGGUUACAAUCACAUGGUUCGAAUAGUACAAUUUUCAGAUGGAAACCAAUGGGUGGCACGACUACGACUGCCUUCUCUAGCAGAAGGUGAUUCCCGCGAAGACGUUUUAGAGACAACGGAAAUUCGCAAAUUUACCACAAUUUGCCUCGUACGGCAGAGAACGCAUAUACCCAUCCCCAAAAUCCAUGCAAUUGAAGAGCGAAGUGAUUGCAAGGUGAAAGCUCCAUUCAUGUUAAUGGAUUGCUUGCAGGGCAAUGUGGGAAUGGACUUGGGCAUGAGUGUGCCGCCAAUGUACAAGAAAGCCUUUCUCCGUGGUUUAGCAAAGAUCCAUGUCCAACUAUCCACGAUACUGCUACCCAAGAUUGGAACAAUUGUCGCUGUGAAUGCGGAUGGCACGUACCAGCAAGGCCCAAUUCCGGGGCUGGGUGGCCCUUUUGACACAGCGACAGAGUUCUUCAAAGCAUGGGCAGAUAAGACCAAAUUUGGAAUGUCGGAUGAGCAAUUACGGGAAGCAUGCGGCCCAUACGCUGCUGACAUUAUUCCUUCAGUCUCAUCCUUUGCUAAAUCCAUUGGCAAACUAGCUGAUACAUUGUCUGCCCGCGACCAUGGGCCAUUUCCUCUUUGUCAUGGAGAUUUUGGUCUCAACAAUAUCAUUGUUGAUGAUAAAUACCAUAUUCUAGGUGUGAUUGACUGGGAAAUGGCCUUCGCCGGACCAUGGGAGAUAUUUGGAGACUUCCCUUUGACCCUGUCGAUCGUCCCGCCCGCUAUCGAUGCUCCAUGGAACUACAAUGGAGACGGUUCUCCCAAGAGUGCUGACCUAAUAGAACGAUUUGAGGAUCAGAAAGGGUAUGUGGAAGCUGUGAGGCAAGAGGAGAAUAGCAAUCGAGAAAAUAUCCAUCAUCUCUCUGAAGCGCUGUGGAAUUUGAGAAGGCAACAAUUGGCGACUGCAAUGAAGAUGUAUCAGGAUGGAAAAGUUGGAACGUACUCCAAACUUAUAGAUCAGUUCAUCUCUAACACUUGA